UUCGGUGAAGUACCACUGUCGCAUCGCUAGAGGAACGGAUACUAGGUCAGGCUUUGUUUGUGGAUGAGCUCCAUCACCUCCUCCAGAAAUGUGGACGGAUAUAAGGAAACUACUGCUCUUUCAUUUGUUAGCCCUGAAACUUCAUUCCUCAAAAGGAGCAGAGGCAGAAGAGUGUGAGGAUGGUCAGUUUCAGUGCAACAACAAAAGGUGUAUACCGACCAUAUGGAGGUGCGACGAUGAUGACGACUGUUCAGACAACAGCGACGAGGAAAACUGUGCCAGGAAGACGUGUGCCCCGGCAGAGUUUGCCUGUGCAAACGGCCAGUGUGUACCAGGCCGCUGGCGCUGUGACGGGGAACCAGAGUGUCCCGACGGCUCAGAUGAGGCAGACGCCACCUGUAGCAAACAGACGUGCCCUCCGGAGAAGUUUGACUGCGGCGGCUCUACCAACAAGUGUGUCUCAAUGUCGUGGCGAUGCGACGGCGAGCGGGACUGCGAGAACGGGUCAGACGAGGAGGACUGUGCCGCCGACGCCAAGUCCUGCCCAAAAAGCGAAUUCCAGUGUGCCAACCGCAAGUGCCUGGCACCUGUCUACGUGUGCGACGGCGAUGACGACUGCGGCGAUGGCUCUGACGAACUAAAAUGCUCCUCCCGCCACUCGCCAACGACCACCUGCGGCCCGCACGAGUUCCGCUGCAACACCUCAGAGUGCGUGCCUGUCAUGUGGAGCUGUGACGGCGACCCAGACUGCCCGGACGGCUCUGACGAGUGGCCGGAGCGCUGUGGGAGUGAAGGGUCGAAAUCGCGACGCAGGAUGAACUGUACAGUGGAGGAGUUUCGGUGCGCCAACGGGGAGUGUGUGAGGCUGACGUGGAAAUGUGAUGGGGAUCCGGACUGCAAGGAUAAAUCGGACGAGGCGGAUUGUCCUCUGCUGACGUGCCGCCCAGAUGAAUUCCAGUGUGGCGACGGCUCCUGUAUACACGGCACCAAGCAGUGUAACAAGGUCCACGACUGUCCUGACCAGAGUGACGAGUCAGGCUGUGUCAACGCCACUAAGUGUGAGGGCCCCCUGAAGUUCCUGUGUAAGAACGGAGAGUGUAUCGACAGCGCUAAGGUGUGUGACAACGUCAAGGACUGCAAGGACCGCUCCGAUGAGCCCAAGAAGGAGUGUGGACUCAACGAGUGCACGCUCAACAACGGCGGCUGCUCUCACAUCUGUCUGGAUCGACCAAUUGGCUACGAGUGCCAGUGUCCCACCGGGUACCAGCUACUGGACAAGAGGACAUGUGGAGACAUUGAUGAGUGCGAGAGCCCCAACGCCUGCAGCCAGAUCUGCAUCAACUACAAGGGAGACUUCAAGUGCGAGUGCUACCAAGGCUAUGAGAUGGACCCCGUCACCAAGACCUGCAAGGCAGAGGGGAAGUCUCCCUACCUGAUGUUCACCAACCGCCAUGAGAUCCGUCGGGUGGACCCAGUGAAGAAGGAUUACAGCCAGGUGCUGGCAACCCAGAAAAACGCUGUGGCACUUGACAUAGACGUGACCAAUAACCGCCUGUUCUGGUGCGACCGCUUCCACCGCAACAUCUACAGUGCUCUGAUCCCGGAGGCCAGUGUCCCGUCCCAGCAGGUGACCCUGGUGGACUCUGGCUCUCUCCUCUCGCCCGAGGGCCUGGCCCUAGACUGGGUCCAGCACAACCUCUACUGGACCGACUCGGGCCACAAGACCGUCUCGGUGGCCUCGGCCUACGACGGCCUCAAGAGGAGGGUGCUGGUGGACACGGAACUCAGCGAGCCCAGAGCCAUAGCCCUGGACCCCCAGCACGGGUUCAUGUACUGGUCUGACUGGGGCACCCGGGCCAAAAUUGAGAAGGCUGGGAUGAAUGGGGUGGACCGACAGGUCUUGGUGUCAGAUAACAUCGAGUGGCCCAACGGCAUCACCCUAGAUGUAGCCAACAGGCGUCUGUACUGGGUAGACUCCAAGCUGCACCUCAUCUCCAGCGUGGACCUGAACGGGGCUCACCGCCGGACACACCUGUCCUCCUCAGAGAGACUGGGACACCCCUACGCACUGGCCGUGUUUGAGGACCGUAUCUACUGGACAGACAGGGAGAGGGAGGCGGUGUACAGCGCUAACAGGCUAACAGGCCAAGAUGUCAGCACGCUGGCCGAGCACCUCAACGACCCCCACGACAUAGUGGUCUUCCACCCACUCCGACAGCCCCAAGGCCCAGACAGCUGUAACUUGGGCAGUGAGGCCAACGGUGGCUGUGAGUACCUGUGUCUCAAAGCCCCCCAGAUCACAGAGCACUCCCCCAAGUACACUUGCGCCUGCCCCACAGGACAGGACCUGGGGCCCGACAUGCGGGGCUGUGUGCCAGCAAAUGAGACUAUUACCACACGGUCGCCAUUCCCCACCAGCUCGGUAGCCAUCAUCACGGCAAGUAUCGAGGAGGACAAAGAGGACUCCCAUUCCACUUCUGGGUUGUCCCAGGCAGAUGCCGGGGUCCGCCACCUCACCCCCGCCCCCUCCAGCACCCCAGAACCCCUCCUCAUCGCCAAACCUGGGGCAGAGGUGAAGGAGAAAGAUGGCCGGCGUUUGGAUCACACUACCUCCACCACAGUAGGGUCUGGGGACACUAAUGUCAUCAAGGAGGACAGCAACCUCUCUCACCACUCUGGAAGUGAGCAUUUUCUCCUGGGGGAGAACCUGACAGUGGCAGUUCUGGGAGUAGUCAUCCCUAUAGUUCCUAUUGUUGCCACAGUGGUCUUCGGGCUGCUCUGCACUGGCGUCUACCUGGUUUGGCGGAACUAUCGUGUAAACUCUACCAAGAGUAUGAACUUUGACAACCCCGUUUACCGCAAGACCACAGGCGAGGGCGAAGAGGACGAGAUUCACAUCGGACGGACGGACAGUGGCAUGAGCGGCCAGCACGGGCAUCACCCGUACCCAGUUGGAGUGGGGUGUGGCGUAGUCGGCGGGGGCGGAAAUACAUGCCCGCAGUUUAUCGCGCUGCCACUGGGUGGCAGUAUGCCCGACCCGGGGACUCACUGGUACACGGAGCAGCCUAUGCUGUCCACUACGGCUAAGUGAGGUGGGCAAAGUAGGAGGAUGGAGGCUAGACUAAAUGGCUGCUCAGGGGGUUAAUUUUCAAGAUGGUCGCUGCUCAGGCGCACAUACAUACACACAUGCACCCGUACCAAGGUCAGGGGUCACUCACUGAGUCUGUUCAAGGGAUGGACAUAUGAUGUUAUCAUCACAUCCAGCCAUUCGGGAUCAUGCUGUGCCAAUUCAUCACACAAAAUUGACAGUUUUGACACUUUCUAAGGUUUAUUUAUGUUAUGUCAGAGUUGGGGUUGGUUCGGUUUGAAUUCCUGUCAAUUCAGUUCUUGAAUUCUCUACGAAUCAAUUGAAUUUAGAUCACUGGACUUGAGUUGCAACUGAGUCGACACCAAUUCUGUUCAUCCACUUUUGAUCCAUUUCAGCAGUCUUGAGCUGUGCUAUCUGUCUCACGUUUAAGGCCGAGAGGAGUUCCAAGAGAUUCACUUUGCCCUUGACGUUAUACAUUUAUGCUCUCCAUUUUAAAUCCCUGGUGGAUCCUCGUUCUCUGGCUUUUUAGGAGGAGGUUUAAAAUGAGGGCAGCACCUUAGUUGGUUGAUGGGACAAUCUGUAUAGUUUGAAGCUAUUAAUUCAACACGUUUUAUCGUUCACCUCACGAUUACUAAAGAUGUCAUAGUGUUUUGUUAUUUUGGUCAGGGCUUUUGUCUUGGAGUGGAAGGUUUGAGAGAGGUGUGUGUGUGUGUGUGUGUGUGUGUGUGUGUGUGUGUGUGUGUGUGUGUGUGUGUGUGUACUUACUCUCUACAGUUCUUCUUUGACGUUUUCCUGAUUGAACCUUAAAGGCUACAAGAGGGAAAGCAGGGCAAAGGGUCGUUGAGAAAGUUUUGUGGCCGCUUUGGGAUCCAAAAGAAAGCGUAAGGCUUAGCGAGAGAAGCCUUUGUAGUUAUUAGCGGGAGGCUGGAUUUUUAGGCCCAGUGAAGAUGUCUAGCUAGUGGCUAACAGUAUCCGUGUUAAGGAUUUUGUGUGUGUGUCUACGACAUGUCUCUAGACAAUUAGAAUGCGGCAAGUAUUGCUGGUCAAAACUACAGUUCAUUUAUACUCAGGCUGACUGUGUAGAUCAUCACUACAGUGAAAACGGUUCUACUUUAACCCUGCCACAGUGUCCAUUGUCACGAGUAGAUAGAGCCACUGGCGCUAGAUAACCAUGACAAUAAAUUCCAAACGUCUGAUUGACAGCUAGCUAGCUUGCGUUAGCAUACAGAAUAUACAUACAUUUAAUAUUAUGGACGACUGUAUGUUUUGUAGAGCAGAUGUUAAGUUUAGUUAUGGAGCACCCUUGUCUCUUUGCCGUUGAGAGGGAAGACUCCAAAGAUUCUCAACAACAAAAAAUCCUGGUUAGCAAUUGGUAGCCAGCUUAAUAUCGAGCUGUAAUUAAACUGACUUUCGCUGAGCUUGCUAUCUAGUCAAUCUAAUUCUAGACUAGGUGUGGGUAUGAGAAAUCAAACAAGCAAAUAUUCAUCUCUUCUCAGGAGAAAGGCAGCACUUAAAAAGAUUAGGAGCAAGGCAGCUUCCUCCAUCUUUUCUCAUUUAUACGAAGGAUAGAAUGUAAUUCACUAUCACGUGACAAUAUGAUGCUCAUGAUGUCAAUUUUGUGUUUAUACAAACAACCAAGUUUGUAAAUAUAAUUUUCAUGAUAUCACUGCAACAACAUGUCAAUAGAUGGACUAAAAGAGAGUUGGCUAGAGCAGAAUUAGCUCGCUAGAAGGCUAGACGGCUAAUGUUUAGCUAGGCUAAAGCAGAACGAGAUAUGGCUAAUGGCUACCAGGCUAAUGCUUAGCUAACCGUUUGAGAAAAGCAAUUAGAAGGUUGUUGUACUGAGGUGAAUCAUUUUGGCUAUUAUUCUCCUCCUCUUUUUAGCUGUUUCCCAUGGCCACUGGUGAAUUUGUCAUCUGUUAUUGUUAAUUUUAUUUCCCCAUCUACUCUCUUUGUCAGUACAACACACACACACACACAGAGUCACUCACCCUCUAGAGAUCAUACACAGGGGGUAUUUUAUUAGUAUCCCCAUUAGCUGUUGAGAUAGCAGCAGCUACUAUUCCUGGGGCCCACACAGAACAUGAAGCAUGACAUAAUACAUAACAUUAAUAGACAAGAACAGCUCAAGGACAGAACUCCAUCAAUUGGACGGAACUACAGAAACAUUCACUUGCACUAGGAAGAUACUAUGUACACACAGCGUGCAUAAUCGCUCGACCCUUCACAAACACAAGCAUUCCACUCACUCCAAUGACAGACAGACACACACACACACACACCAGACACGCGAACACAAACAUCCAUGCCCCUGUCUUCAUUCUUUGAGAAGAUGUCAAUGUGAGCUUUCAUAUAGGAGGCACUCAGUCAGAGGGAGGUCGACUGCUGACAAAAGGCCCCUGUCAGCUGAUUUGGUGGCCGACAUCACUGUGGCAGAUUUUGGCUUGCUUCCUAAAUGGCACCCUAUUCCCUUUAUAGUGCAGUACUUUUUUUUUUUUUACCAGGACCCAUAGGUAUACCCAUAGGGCUAUGGUCAAAAGUAGUGCACUAUGUAGGGGAAAGGAUGUCAUUUGGGACACGGCCUUAAACAGUAAUGAGGUUCAGUCAGGUUGGAUUCUCCUGUCAGUAAACACAACUGUCUUUUGUCCACCUCUCCUUUUGUCCUGUCCCGCACAUUGGUGAUCCGCUCAGAAAAUGUACAUUUCUGAGUCCCCUCCAUUGUAGUAUUGUCGAUCACGGUGUUGGGAUGAAAUGGGAUUUGGAAAGAGCCAAAUUGAUAGGUGUGUGUAGUGGGGGUGGAUAUGUGUGUGUGCCUGUGUGUGUGUUUAUGCAUGUGUGCAAGUAUUUUUGUUCAUUCCACAGCCAUAUUGGAAACGUUUUGUACACUUUGUUGCUCAGCCCUCUCAGAAUGCCUUCUGUAUUGUGUGUGUUGCAUGGGAGAACGUCUGCGUGCGUGUGUGCGUGUGCGUGUGUGUGCAUGUUUAUCAGAAUGAGUGCAUGUGAGUAUGUAUGUUUUUGGGACCGGAGUAACUGCGAGGGUGUUUUAUGAAAUCAUGAUUUGUAAAUACUUUUUCAUAUUGCAAACAAGUUUUUGAUAAAGUAUUAUACAAUUCUGUAAAAAAAAAAAUAUGUACAUAAGAUUUUAGAUAAGAAUAAAGUGUUGAUGACAGUAUAUGAAUUUAUUUGUAUAAAAGAGCACUGCAAUCCCUGACUGUACGAAAUAGGAAUUAUCCACCCAAGUGUUUUGUGUUGUUACUUGGUCUUGCUUCAUUUGAUAUCCUUUUCUCUCUCCAAACGUGUACUUCUUUAUCAGUACAAGUAAUACAACGUGGUACCCCCUCAGUAUUUCCCAUAUCUCAUUGUUUCUCAACCCCAAUGUUUAUAGUAUGAAUGGUUGUUUUCUGGUGCCUUUUCCCCUCUUUUUAUUUUGUACUGCUGUUUCGCUGUGGGGGAUAGGUUCUUUUCAAGCAACUUCUGUACAUGCAAAUGAGAACAUCUGUACCCACAAUUGACAAAAUGGUCUCGCUCACCUUUUUAUCAUUUCAUGAAGUUGUUCUUAAAUAUCUAUAUAUUGCUAUAUAAAACUUCAUUGCAAAUCUC